CCCUUUUCCUCAGGUGAGGCGGCAGGCUCAGCAGGCCCCAAGCUGCUGGUUGCCGCUGCCACCGCUGCCUCCCGCGCUGCCCGCGGCUGUGGGGACGCCAUGCGCCUCCCCAGGCCGGGAGACUAACCCCAAACCUGCACCAUCUCCGGCGGACCCCAGGGUUCCGCCCCAGCCCAACAGGUCAACCUGGGAAUCAUUAACAAGAGUCCCUGACAUGGCGAAGAAGGAGGGUGUCCGGACGGCUCCAUGCUGCUCCAGACCCAAGGUGGCGGCUGUCAUUGUGGGGACACUGCUGCUCCUGACAGGCAUCGGGGCUGCAUCCUGGGCCAUUGUGACCAUCCUCCUCCGGAGUGACCAGGAGCCGCUGUACCCAGUGCAGGUCAGCCCCGGGGACUCGCGACUUGCCGUGUUUGACAAGACGGAGGGGACGUGGAGGCUGCUGUGUUCCUCACGCUCCAACGCCAGGGUGGCAGGGCUCGGCUGUGAGGAGAUGGGCUUCCUCAGGGCCCUGGCGCACUCGGAGUUGGAUGUGCGAACCGCGGGUGCCAACGGUACAUCGGGCUUUUUCUGUGUGGACGAGGGCGGCCUGCCGAUGGCGCAGAGGUUGCUGGAUGUCAUCUCUGUGUGCGACUGCCCAAGAGGCCGAUUCGUGACUGUCGUCUGUCAAGACUGUGGCCGCAGAAAACUGCCGGUGGAUCGCAUUGUGGGGGGCCAGGACAGCAGCCUGGGAAGAUGGCCAUGGCAGGUCAGCCUGCGUUAUGAUGGGACCCACCUCUGUGGGGGAUCCCUGCUGUCCGGGGACUGGGUGCUGACAGCUGCACAUUGCUUUCCAGAGCGCAACAGGGUCCUGUCUCGAUGGCGAGUGUUUGCUGGUGCUGUGGCCCGGACUUCGCCCCAUGGCGUGCAGCUGGGGGUUAAGGCUGUGAUCUAUCAUGGGGGCUACCUUCCCUUUCGAGACCCUACCAUUGAGGAGAACAGCAACGACAUUGCCCUGGUCCACCUCUCCAGUCCCCUGCCUCUCACUGAAUACAUUCAGCCGGUGUGUCUCCCUGCUGCGGGACAGGCCCUGGUGGAUGGCAAAGUCUGUACUGUGACCGGCUGGGGCAACACACAGUUCUACGGCCAGCAGGCUGUGGUUCUCCAAGAGGCCCGGGUCCCCAUCAUAAGCAACGAGGUCUGCAACAGCCCCGACUUCUACGGGAAUCAGAUCAAACCCAAGAUGUUCUGCGCUGGUUAUCCCGAGGGUGGCAUUGAUGCUUGCCAGGGUGACAGCGGCGGCCCAUUCGUGUGUGAGGACAGCAUCUCUGGGACAUCAAGAUGGCGGCUCUGUGGUAUUGUAAGCUGGGGUACGGGCUGUGCUUUGGCCCAGAAGCCAGGAGUGUACACCAAAGUCAUUGACUUCCGAGAGUGGAUCUUCCAGGCCAUAAAGACUCACUCCGAAGCCAGCAGCAUGGUGACUCACCCCUGACCCAGCCUCACCUCACUGAGUCCGUGCCUCCAGAGUCGGAGUUGGUCUGACGCUCCAGACCAGCAUGGUAGGCUCCACACUGGGCCUCACGCGGAGCAGUUUUCCUCACGGUCCCAGUCCACGGGUCCGAGGACUCUUUCCACAGUGGCAGGCCCACUCGGUCUUGGGGCCACUAGGCCUCAACCUCCCACCCCAUGUAUAUAUUACUCUGUCCUCUGGGGUCUGCUUUCCAGGUGCCCCUGUGGGAAUACUCUUUAAAUAAUAAAUGUGGUUUUGAUUAA